UGGUCAAAGCGGAGCAGGGCCUGCUGAAGUUCCCCCUGCCCCCCCUGUCCUGCCCGCUGGCCUCCCCGCUCCUGUCCGCCGCUCCGGGGCUGCAGGUCGGGCCCGCGGGCCGCCACUUGCCGCUGGAGCUGCAGCUGCGCGGGAAGCUGGAGGCCGGAGCGGACGGCGGAGGCCGGACCAAGAAGGGCCGCCGGAGUCGGACCGUGUUCACCGAGCUGCAGCUGAUGGGCCUGGAGAAGCGCUUCGAGAAGCAGAAGUACCUGUCCACACCCGACAGGAUCGACCUGGCUGAGUCUUUGGGCCUCAGUCAGCUGCAGGUGAAAACCUGGUACCAGAACCGAAGGAUGAAAUGGAAGAAAAUUGUCCUUCAGGGAGGGGGUCUGGAGUCUCCCACGAAGCCCAAAGGUCGUCCCAAGAAGAACUCCAUCCCCAGCAGCGAGCAGCUGGAGCAGGACAGGCCGGCUGCAGAGGAGGGCUCCCAGGAGGACUGAGCUGGGCCACGUGGACUCCAACUGGACUGUCAGAACCUGUGGGACUUGCCGGGUCUCUGUAAGGAUUAUAUGGACCUGAAGCGUUGCGGGCCUGGUCCUGCAGCAGCUCUGUUAGUGCUGCUGAGGAACCGCAGACCUCUGCAGCAGGUUUUUAACUCACGUAUGUUUCUGUAACUAUGUUUAAAUAUUAAAUAUAUUUUCACUAAAA